AAACAACGCUGCCGAACAAGAUACGCCGGGAAACCAAUCGAAACCGACGAGAAGCACGAAGCAUGGUCGACUCGCAAUUCCUUCACCCGGGCUACCGGGCCCAUCAUCGCACAACGAUUCUGGUGAGAUCCUAUCAGAAAUCUUAACAGUUUGCGGAUCUGGUUUGAGGCUUCGAUCGGCCCUAGUCCACCACUGCCAUCAUGUUUUCGUCGUGUUUCGGCUCUGGCCGUGACCGGCGGUCCGCAGAGCAGGAGCCACUACUUCCCCAGUAUGACGACGAUACGUCGCUUCAGAGGCAGCUGCAUCAGAAACUGCACACGUACCAGAUGCUCCGAGCCCUCUCCAAGGGGUACAUGCCCUCCAACGAGCAGGCCAUCGCCAACCUCCGCACCCUCCUUGCCGCCGACGUGCUCAACCCGGACUCGUCGCAACUCAGCGACUCGGGCCAGGCCCUGGCGCACUACGCUAAGCAGUGGAUCAAGCAGCUGAUCGAACUCCUCCAACACAAAAAUGCCAACGACCAAAUUCAGGACUUUACCUGGUAUUUAUCCCAGGCGAGGGUCUCGCUUGACAUGGAGCAUGUCGCCGAGCGCGCCAGCAGGGCAAAGGCAACAGCGGACACGGCGGCAGUCUAUCGGAGCCUGCAGACAGUGGGCUCGCUGCUGCUUACUAACUCCGAUUUUCGCUUGUUCCUCAGCGAUCUCAACGUCGUCGCCCGCGAGGUUUUCAGGGACGCAGCGUUCGCCUUGUCGGAAGCCUCAGAGGAGGCCGGCAAGCGUAUCGGACCGUCCGCCGAGCAGCAGGAUUCGGUGAAGCAGCAGGGCAAUGGCUCUCAGAGCGCGCCAUCGCAGCAAGAACUGGUUGAUCAAACCGCCGAAGUGUCCAAGGUUUGUAGCGGGUCUGCUUCCACCGUUGUAGACGAGGCAGAGAACAGCAUACUGCGGAAGUUGGACGGACCGGAAAAGGACACAAUGAUGCAUCGCCUGAAGAACGCAGUGGCAAAUUUACGCCGGCGGCGCGACUACUCGGAUUCGGUCUCUACUCUGUCGCUUCUUCUCAAGCGCUAUGCUAUGGUGUACUCACGCAUCGCCCGCGACACGGUCCAGGCGGCAGAAGAGGACGUAGACCGUAAUCCGGAAACGGACCGGGCUCUGCGCAAUUUCUGGGCGUUUCUGAGGUCGUUCGGCGAGGUGAAGGAGUGGGAGGAGUUGGAGGCACGGUUCGAGACGGUGGUGAACCAUGGCCAUGACGACCCCGAUUUUGAGGACCUAGCGGCCAAGCUGGCGAGCGCCCUGCAGGAAAUGUUCACCGAUCCUUCAUUUUUCGACGAUGCCGAACAACGCUUCCAGGAGCUCCGGACUCGGUACAAGCAAAUUUCGAGUCACUCGUCUUUGCGCGACGACAUGGACGGUUUGCUGUCACAGUUACAGGCGACCUUCCGCUCGGUGAUCAGGGACAAGGAUGUGGCCAACCUCAUGAAGACGUCAACCACCAUCGGUAAGAUCCUCUCGCCAAAGCACCACUAUGCGAAUACCGAUCUUGUGGCGGAUUCGAUCAACGUAUUUGUCCCGCUACUCUUCCAGUCGAUCAACUACGUCCCCAUACCUAGGCUGGAAGUGUCCACCCCGCAAGUAGACCUGUUGCUCGAGAAUCUCAUCCUCGAGCCCGGUACAACCGUCAACCACACUUCUUUCUUUCCACACAGGCUCCGCGUGGAAACGCUCAAUGAUAUUGAGAUUCGCAAGGCAAGGUUUAGGACAACUUCGGCUGUCAAGACGUUGAUGAGGAUCCGAGUGGACGGCCUGUCCAUCCGGGGAGAGGAGAUUGGGUACUGGCUCAGGGUGCACUCGGGACUCUUGCGGCUGGCAGACGAAGGGAUUGCCUCGUUCGAACUCGACGAACGGGGUCUCGAUAUUCAGCUCGACAUCGAGGUCGGUAGGGACAGGCUCGAGAAGAUUCUCUCCCUUCGGGGUGUCAAAGUGCGCAUUCACAAACUCAACUGGAAAUUGCGGAGGAGCAAGUUCAGCCUCUUGUCGUGGCUCUUCAAGCCGCUUCUCAAGCCCAUCAUCCGCAAGACAAUGGAGGUGAAGAUGGCAACCGCUAUCGGGGAGGCGCUGCAUUUCGCAAACCGCGAGUUGCUCUAUGCGCGCGAGAGACUCCGCGCUACGCGUAUCGCAGACCCGGACGACCUCAGGACCUUCUUCAAGGCUGUCUUGGCGAGGUUGACGGCCCCGGACGACCCGGAUCUCCACACUCGUGUUGGGGUCGGUCAGCCGGGACACGGCGUAUUCGAGGGGGUUUAUGCCCCGGGAAGCAUCGUCAAGCUCUGGAGGGACGAGGCGACCCAGGCACCGCAAAGGAUUCGCGAGAAUGAAAGAGAUGGUUGGCGGAACAGUAUAUUUGACGUCCAGGCGGCGAUGCUCACCUGAGACUUUCGCGUCCCGCCGGU